UCCCUAAACGUAAUUGGUGACAUUGACAUUACACUGGCUAAAAAUAAUUGAGAAUUUUCUCUUCACAAUAAUUACGCAAAAUGGCUAUUUUUCGACUAUCUCGGCUAGUUUUAAAGUCUAAACCCGUUGCUAAUCAUAAAAAUGUUUUUCUGAAGAGGACGGCGACAACAACACCUACGGGAGCGAUCCUACCAGAACCAGAGAAACAACCCUUCGGUCUCUUGAGCAUUGUAUUCACCGUCGUGCCUGGUCUACUCAUCGGAGCAGCGAUUAGUAAAAACAUAGCAAAUUUCUUAGAAGAGAACGAACUCUUUGUACCUUCAGAUGAUGACGACGAUGACGAUUAAAAAUGUAUCAAAAUAUUAUGAUCUAUCAUAGAUGUGUAAGCUUCAAGCGGGUGUAAUAAAGACUCAUGUUUGUUGACUGUUACGUUUAUUAUAGGAUUGUUACAAAAUCUGUCUAAACUUUGUGCUCAAGCUUCACAAUCCGUUACCGUUGCACACUUAUAAAAUUAAUAUAUUAUUUCAUACAUCUUUAUAAAACAUCGUAAAGUUAUUUACAUAAAUACAUUAUAUGCAAUUAAACUCUUUAAAAGACAGAUGUGGAUGAACGCCUUGUGUCUUGAAUAGUGUUGUAUCUAUGGCUUAUGUAGUAUAAUGCACUCACAAAAUAUGUUCUAUAGAGCUCUACUAAUGUACUUCACAGAUGGAAAAGUCAACAUUUUAAAUAUUAAAAUAUGUAAAAACGCACAUCAGUUAGAGUAACAAACAAUAAAGCCUUCCUAUUCUAGUCAAAGUUACUCUCACAUAUAUAGCAAUAAAAUGCGUAAUCUCAUCACACUUGUGCUUAAUAUUUUAAUAGAUGAAAAUUUAAUAAAAUUGAUUGGCUAAACAGA